GUUUAUCCAGAUUAAGAAAAAUGAAUAGAUCAAUCACUUCGUGUCCGUCUCCGUCUCGCUCUCGCUUGUAUGAAAAAAUGAUCGUGUAGGUGUAAGUAUUUCUGGAUGUCCAACAUCGACAUGCAAGCGUUGUCGGAUCCGGCGCAGAUGGCAAAUGGUCCCGUGACGGGCACCGCAACGCCCGACCGGCAGGUGGGUUUUGAUGUGGGUUAUGAUGAGGCUUUCGGGGUAUCCAGCUUCUAUAAAACCACUGAGGUUCGCAGGCCGAACAAGCGGUCAACCAAAAGCUCUUCACUUUCACCGCAAAUACUUAGCAGUUCCGCCUUUCACAAGAAUGUUGGCCCCUCGAGCAGCAGAGCAACCGGCUCCGGCGGCACUAGAAGUCUCAGCUACGCCGGGCCGUCUGGUGCAGCAAGCGCCCCUUCCUCGUCCCACUUAGACUCUCAAUUGCGUGGUCUCCUGCCGGCUGCACGGGCGGCUGUUCCCAAAUCGCCGUCGGUCUCAAUGGCGGGUGAAAUGGUACUGGUAGAAGAAAAUCCGGAGGACCAGGGCGACACCACAAUCGCAAAAGUUUUUUCUACGACAGAGACGGCAGCUGCAACAUCCCCGCAGGAGAGCGAAACGAAGAACUGCUCUUCUUCCACUUCUGACGAUGCAGCUGCCUCGCCGUCGUCUGCUAGAACCGGCACAACUACUGGCACGGUUAUGAAAUCUUCCAGCCGUGUUGUCGCGCUCGCGGCUCCAGCGGUGACGAGGCAGCCGCAGCAAGUUGUUGAGCAGUCCUCAAGGUCGACAACUGUGCCCCCGAUCGCAAUUUCUACUUCUCUGCCCGACGGAGUACAUGAAAGCGGACAGACUCCAGGAACCCGAAAGAACGUCGAACGGUCAACACCAGGUCAUUUUCAAGCCGGUUCGGUCACUGAUUCUGGAGAUCGUUCUUACACGACCACCGGAGGACCGUCGAAUUAUUCGACGUCCACCACGGCGCCAGCUGUGAAGAUGCAGCGCUCGGAGGAAUCAUCACGACUGUCUGCAGCAAUAGCAAGUCCAAGUGCAGGCACCACUGCCGACCGCACGGCGACUGCGAUUGUAACACCGAUACCUGUUGGUGGGGAUGUUGAACAAGUUGUAGAUUCUACGAAGCAAGCCUGGCUCGAGGUCGAGGGCGUAGAGGCUCCCAUUUUUGCAGGAAAAACAGCACGUGCGGAAGAUGAAACGGAGCCCGGCGACACUCUAAGAACGCAGCUAAAGCUCAUACGCAGCUCUGCUAAUCCUAUUCCGGCAGAGGAGGUGAAAAGCUCUGGCGUCACCGGCUCUGGGAUCGCCGCCAACGACCGGAGAGAUUCUCUCUCUGCCACAACAGGCAAAGCGACGACACCGCCGCCGCCUGUCGUGUUGCAAGUGCCAAAAAGCUUUUUGUGUCCCCUGUGUCAGGUGGUCAUGACCGAUAUCGCAGAUAAAAUCAUCGCCACCCAAAUUAGUUCCAUGUCGUGCGAAAGAGCCUCAAGUCCAGCAACAUCAAAUAUGUGUUGCUUGUCAGUCUCUUUACUCUUUGCAUUUCCUGCAUGAAGACUUUGAAAAAUUGACGAUGGAGGUGAUGCUGAUUUUUAGUACGAUAAUCGAUCCGGUGUACCUCAACAGCGGUGACACAUUUGAGCGUGUUGCAAUCACGCAGUGGCUCUCCCAACGUAUGAGAGUAUGCAACACCCCUGUCCUGUUUUGUAUUUUCGAAUUUCAUGACGAUGACCUCGACCUGGCCCUUUUCUAGGUGUGUCCUUUGGAUUAUGGCUAGAUGUUUCGUGCAAAUCAUGGAACCUUCACCACCCCCGACAGGUGAUUGGUUUUCUUUGAUGGUAGCCGCGCAGGCACAGCUUUGCAUAUGAACAAAAUACUCAGAGGCCUUGUGCACUCUCAUACAAAGAAACGCCCACCCAGAAACAAUGGUUCCAGUAACUGAUCGCACACUGUAUCCGAACGCUGAGCUGAAGAAGUGCAUCGAUUUCUACCUGGUAAGUCGAUCAUCAUAUCACUCAAUUCGAACGGCUCUAGCUUGUGAAGUUGUUGAAGCUUCGAGCUCCACGAAAAUGAAUUUAUAAAAAGACAAAUGGAUAUGCAAGAAAUAUGUUUCUUUGUAGGUUCGCUUCUGCAUCUGAAUUUGUAUUUCUUGUUCGUACCUUUUAGUUUUAUGAAGAUGUUCGCACAGGCGGACGUGAUCGUGCAGAUUCCACUUGCUUCACUUCUCAGUCUCUUGCUACUUGCACAGUAUGAAGAACAAGAAUGUGAUAAAAAUAAUCUUCUGCAGUAGUUGCGCAGCCAUCUACAUCUUCCCUGAUAUCGAUAAAUCAUUGAAAACAAAAUUGCGCAGAGCGACUGUCGGCCAGAGCUCCGGGCGAGGCAAAUCAGUGAAUUUUCGGAGUUGCUAGCGUCUGACGGCAGUGGGGGCAGUCCUUACCUACUGCAGCUGCUACAGAUGUUUGAGCAGCGAACACAGCAUCAGUUGGAACAACAUCUGCAGGUGGAGCAACCGUUCACCAGUUCUCGCAAGGUCCAUCAGGAGGUGCAAGAGAAGACGCGGCGGCAGAUGGAGUUGGUGGAGCGAAAAUUGCAGUUACUGGAGCAGAGUGUACGGCAAAAGGAGGCGAAGAAGAAACAAUUGGAACACGAGAUGAAGGAGCAGCUGAAGCACAUCGAAUUUCUUGAGCGAGACGUGUACCAACAGCUGCGGGGUUCGGUCGAGAAAAAGGAGCGCGAGAAGCAAGACGCGCUGUUGGAUGUUGAAUACUGGAAGAAGGAGCAGCGUCGCACUCAAAACAAGUUCUCCACCCUGCUUCAGGAACGCGACGAUCACAUUUCCUUCCUGGAACAACAAACCUUCCCGCGCCUAAAGGAGCAUAUACAGCGUCAGAAGGAGGAGCUUUUGAGUUUCACUAACAAUAAUACUGGCGCCGAUGGCGGCGCGGUCGGACGACCCCAAGCAGGUGCAGCGGGAGCGGCCUGCUAUGCUGGAACAACUUCAGGUGGACGGGGAGGACGGGCAGCAUCAGGAGAGAAACGACACGCGAACGCUGGUGAUAGCAAAGAGAAUAUUAAGAGUUCGCUUAGUAAAAAUCGUAACGAGGGGCAAGCGUCGAACCUCAUCCACAGCACCGAUGGGCACGUACUAUCCAGAGAAGCUGAUUCUUCUGGACCUGGGGCCAUGUUGGCAAAAGAUGAUUUUGAUUCCCACGUGAAGAACUACAACCAGGCCAACGGUCUUCAAAAAAUCAUCCCAGAAGAAUCCCUGAGCCUGACAGCAGCUGCCGCACAAAAGAUGGUCGAAGGCCGCAAUGCCUGGCGUGGGGUAGACCACUGGCGCAACGUGUCGGAUGGUCUGACGAUGCUCUUUUCUGCGUUGGUGGAAGAACCCAAGCCUGCUGGCCUGCUACCUUCAUCUGGAUCCGCGAUCUUCUCUGGGGCUGCUGUAUCAAUACCAGCCACUACACGAGGAGCCGAGUCCUCUGGUACAACAACUCUGACCCUCCUUGACCACGUGUAUAACCGUCUGGACGCAGAAUUUCGCCGUACGCUCGAAGCCUCCGCCGAAAGCGCGGCUGCGUUCUCUUCUCAGCAACCUCGGCUCAAACUACACGAGGAACAAGUAGGAAUGAAAGGAUUGCAGAAAGACAAAGAGGUACUUCUAGACCCCGUCGACACAGCACCCCAGCUGCACUCAACUUCGGGAGGGGUCGAGGACGCGCGGGAUAUCUUGCUAGCCUACUUCCGUUUGCACCCCGAAAGUCCGCGGCUGUGGACCUGCCUCGGGUCUUUGUUGGACGACGGUUACCCAGCAGACUUUGUGAAGCCGGUCCUACACAGCUUCUGGCAGCAGGUGGAGCAAGAGUUUCUCGAUUUUCCCGGAUUUUGGCAUUGGUACGCCUCGCGCGCAAGCGGCUGUCGCUUCCUGCUCUCGCAGCACUUUCAAAAGCUACGCGAGUCAGACCAAUACCGGGAAAUCGUCGAGCUGAGUUACGACCGCUGGAAUAAACUCUACCUCGUCUCAAACCGGGGCAUCGAGGGAAAAUAGCGCGUGAGGCAGUCCUCCGUUCAACGAACAAAUAACAGCGAUCGAGACUGAGACCUUCGAUCAUGCUCUUCAUGUUUUAUCGAAGUCAGUGCACUUCACUCUACUUUUUCGAACUAUCUUUUCAGCGCUUGAUGUAGUUGCUCUCAGAUUUAUACCGUCCUAGCUGGUCGUGCAGUUGCACGGGUUCGCCUGUCGAACUCAACAUUGCUGGUCGGCUCCUUUCAAGCGCGAAUCAUAUGCCGAGUCUCACCGGCUCUGACAACGUUCGGAGGCACCUAUGAUGUAGUUGUUUUCCAGAGCCAGAGAGGACAUACACGCAUGCCGGAUCCAGGCCUACUGCUGGCAUAAUAGUACUGCUGCAGUCAUAGAAGAAAAGCACUUUGAGAUCCAC